UGAUUUUCUUUAUCUCGUUACCGUCACGACGGAUGUCCCGCGCUGCUAAAAUAACGCUUUAACCGUGUUAGGUGAAAGGUCAACAAACCCUUCGUCUUCUGUGGUUCUCGUCCGUCUCGCUUCGAAAACAAAGAGAAGUACAGGAACCCAACACCAAAACGGAGUAAUACCGACCGCCUGCCACCAACCACCAACCACCAUCAAUACCUCCCCAGCAACCCAGGUGGCGAUCUCUCCUCGACGGCUGCAGUACUCCAGCUUGUUAUUGCAGCACUCCGGGCGAGUCAGCACUGAGGAAGUCCCCUCGUCAGCUGUGCUGUCCCCCUCGUCAACAAACCUCAACCUCGUCGGACGAAACGCUGUCCAACCACACCAUAUACGCGUCUGCGAGACGGCGGAGGAGAUCCCCAAGAGAUGGCCCGACUAAAUGAGGGAGCAAAACCCACAACCACCUCCGAUUCUUACGAUGCCUUAAGGCAACGCUUCAAACGGCAAAAUCAAGAGUUCACCAAUGCCAACGCCGAGCAAGCCCUGCGGAUCCAAGCCCUCCAACGCGAACAGACUCGCCUGUUGACCGAAAACGCCUCGCUAUCGCAACGUGUGUUACACCUUGAAGUCGCACUCGAGCGCCGCGAGAAGGAUAUACAGGUCAUCGAAGACAACAGAGUGACAGCGAUGCAAUUGCAGGCGAAGGUGUUGGAGAUGAAUGUGCUGUUGCAGAAGCUGAGCAAUCCGCCGAUAUUGCGAAGCAGGGAGUCGUUCGGAGAUGAUGAUGAGGGGUCGCCAUGUUCCGAGUCGAGAAUGAUGCGGAACUCAUAUUUGGCGGGUGAAGGGUUGGAACCGACUAUGCCGUGCAUUGAGGAGGAGGAUCAGGGUCUGGGUCGCGGGGGCAGUUUGAUGAGGGAACCACCGAGGAGGCACAGCUUCGGGUUGGCGGAGAUCGAGCUUCUCCCAACAGCAGCGCUGGAAAACUACGAACUUGAACCGGAGGCCGAACUCCAAGACGCCGAACUCCAAGACGCCCCUGCCCCACCACCGCCAAUGUUCAACGUCGAGCCACGAUCGCGAAAGCGGCGUGACAGUCAAUUCAUCCGACAAUCGGAUGUACUCCCCGAUGCUGCCCCUGAGCCUACAAAUUCGCUACUCAGCAAACCCCCGAAGCGGAAAUUCGACGAGAAGGAUCCCGAUCAUUUGCUGGAUUCGCCUGAGCUCGACAGCCUUGACUUUAAAUUCUCGAAGCUCAAUGAAAGGGACGUGUCGAAGCGGAAGACGGAUAGUGAGCAGCCGAAACGGCACAAGGACGAGAAGCACGACACUAAGAACGACCUGCCAAAGAAGAUCCGAAAGUCCAGGGAAGAGGAUGUAGAAGUGGCUACAGAUACAGAUGUCGAGAAUGCGCCCACCAAGCACAAGCGGUUGUCCAGCAGCAGUGGAGCGGUACCAUCACUAGCUGCCCGGAAAGCUUUGGGACCCAAGAGCACAAAUGCAGAUCCCAUCCAAUCCCCUAUGAAGGCCCUCCCUCAAAAGUUCGACUACCCCGCCAAAGGGAGGAUCUCCGACAAGCCCCCACCAACCACGACUCGGACCUACCGCAGCAAGAUCGUUCGGGACAGCGACACACCACCGCCCGACUCCGAUCCAGCCGCCGUAGUCUCCACAGCCACCGGUCGCGGCUCGCGAAGGGCCCGUGCGGUUGUCAACUACGCAGAGCCCAAACUAGGUACUAAGCUCCGCCGCGAAGAGAAGGGCUUCGUGGACGCUGUCACGGGUGAGGGAAAGGUCCGACGAACAUCGACCAACAAGAAGGAGCACACAACUCCAUCCACACCUAUCACCAAACCCGAAGACGCAGAUUUUAAUACAGAAGAAGCAAACUGGCACGACCUCCCAGCGUUCCAGGAACCCGAGACAACAACCAAGAAGCCGCGGCCCCUCACGGACGGCGACACGGAGGAGCCUGAGCGCAGCAAGAAAUCCCGCACGAGCACCUCCAUCACCGACGAAGACGACGCAAAGCCGAGUUUUCUCACAGCUCGAAAGCGCCGAACGUCCGCACUGGUCACCUCGCUCCUUCCCGACCCAGCGGAAGUUGAACGAGGACGUCAGUCCGCCCGAUCCCGUUCGCGCUCUAGAUCCCGCUCGCGAUCAGCUUCUCCAGAUGAGAGCGAAGCGGUGGCUAGACGUCGCCGAAUCGAUGCUGCUCGCGCUAGGCGUGCGAGCGCCGCAGGCGACGAACGGACACAUGUCAGGGCGAGACGGCAGAGUGCUAUGACUUGAUUUUCUCUCUCUUUUGGUUGUUUUGCUGUUGGUGGGGGAGUUUUGGCCGGAUGUUUCUCGUCUAUUCUCUGUUUUUUUGUUUGUCUGUUUUG